GAAGCAGAAGGUCUUUAAGUUUUACUCAGAAGGAUGUUUUACAUUUUGGGCCUCAGUUAAACGGGCAUUACAUGUACCUGUUAAACCACGGUGGAACUAAAUUGUCUUCCAACGUUAACUUACUUCGAAUCACGGUUAUCAUCAAGUCUUGCCCACAGUAGGAAAGUUUCAAUUCCUGGUUCACUUACUUUCAAUCGCCUAAACAAUGAUUACUCAGGAUAGUCUUUCCUGUGAAGUUUUUCUCACAGAAUUAAACCAGAGUUUUUCUGAAGCUUUCACCGAAGAAGUUCAGAAUCGAGAAUCAGUUAGUGCUCUUUCUAAUGACAAAAGGAUCCACCUUCUCCUAGAAGAACGAAUUGUCUAUGGAAAAUGUGAAUCACAUCAUAGGAGAGGUGCAGCAAUGGCAACAGAUCAGGAUCAAGAGAUAAGACAAUCUCAGAAAGUUCUAUGUAUCAAGGUUUCGGGUUUUUCCAUAAUCCAGAAUGGUUCUAACGCCACACUGUGUCAUGUGCAGACUUGUAAAUGUUGUAACAAGAGUUGUCUCACUUCCUCUGAUGAAGAAAACGACUCAGUCACAAAAACUCUGGACAUAGAAGAAGACAGUCGAGGCACCCAAGUCGACUUGAUAUUAGGUCAACUCAGCUCUGUCCAUUCUCCAAUGCCAGUCAUUCCAAAGCGCGGAUUUAUGAAUACUUUCGGUCAUAUCCAACUUGUAACAAAACUAUACGAUCUACGAGGUGAAGGGAGGUUUGAGGCACAUGAGCAAAUGAUACGAGAACAGUUGGCAAAGAAGUCGCCUAAAGAUGUUGACAUGGAAGCAAUUUUAGAGAUUGAGCGCGCAAGGGCCUUUUAUUUCCAGAACAAUCUUAAAGGUACCAAAAGAAUACUAAAAUUUGUACUUAAACUGGAACCGCAAUUGAAAAACCCGGGAAUUCUGACGGGACGAGCCUUGAAUCUUUUGACGGCGGUGUACAAGCGUCAGAGAAAAUUUGGAAAUGCUAUGAGAUGCGUGCAAGAGGCAAAAAAAGCUCUUGAUUUUCAGGAUUCUCACGACGAUAAAGGAGAACUGCAUUAUAGUUAUGGCGCACUGCUUGACUCUUUACCUGCAGCGAAUAUUACUCAGGACACCCGAAAAACUAACGCGUACAAAUCUUAUGAGCUGGCAUGUCAGUACGCUGUAAUCAACCGAGAAUACAUUAAUAUCAAAAUGGCAGCUCUGCUCCUAAAGCCCUGCUCCGAGGUAGCGAACAACAACACCCACAUCUGCAAAGAAGACGUCAUGAAAGCAAAAAGGCACCUUGAUUCUACUGAAUCUAGAACUGCUGAUGGUAAAAUGGCGUUAGGAACAAGAAUAAAGCAUCUUCUUUUGCGGUCUGAUCAAUACUGCUCCGAACAAAACAAUGCCAUGGCUAUCGAGAAGGCUGAAGAGGCGAGGGUGCUCAUCCUCAGACAUGGGUUUGAGCUGGAACUUGAUUCUGCCGAGAAGCGCAUUAGGCGCUUGUCUGAUAUGCAAAGGCUAGAAAAAGGGGAAUGGCUUAGCAGUGAAUUGUGUUCAAGCAGUGAAAAUCAAACUGAUAGCGAAGGGGACAGCUCAUGUCUUGAGUAAUGAACACAAUGUCGGGAUCUCUGCUUAAAGAGUGCGGGAAUUUUGGUUGAGACGCACUUGACAG